AUGGCAUCCAAGGCCGACCAUGAGGUCCAGUACCUCCGAAAAGCAGCUGAGAACGAGCUGGAGGAGAAACUGGGGCAGUCGGCCAUCUUCGAAGCGAAGCAAGCUUCAGAUGACGAGCACGCCCAAACUCUGAUGCAAGCCCUCAGCCAGAACCGCAAGGCGGUCUUCUGGUCGGUCAUGAUCUCCAUGUCAAUCGUCAUGGAAGGAUACGACGUGAUCCUUAUCAACAAUUUCUUCGCCUACCCCGAGUUCAAAAAGAAGUACGGGAGCUGGUACGGCGAUGAGAUCGGGUAUCAAGUGUCCGGCCCUUGGCAGACCGGUCUCACCAUGGCCUCCACCGUCGGCGCCAUUUUCGGCGGUCUUAUGAACGGAUUCUUCGCUUCCAAAUACGGCUACCGAUGGGUCAUGAUUGUCGCGAUGGGAUUUCUCAACUGCUUCAUCUUCGUCGUCUUCUUCGCUCAUUCUGCCGGCAUGUUGCUUGUCGGCCAGAUCCUGUGUGGUUUCUCGUGGGGUGUCUUUGCCACGCUUAGCCCUGCCUAUGCUUCCGAGGUCUGCCCAACCAACCUUCGUGGCUACAUGACGACCUAUGUAAAUCUCUGCUGGGCGACUGGUCAACUCAUCGCUGCAGGCGUCCUCCGAGGGUGUCUCAGCAUCGAAGGGGAGAUGGCAUACAAGAUCCCCUUUGCGAUCCAAUGGCUCUGGCCCGUGCCGUUAAUGGUCGUCUCCUACCUCGCCCCCGAGAGCCCCUGGUACCUCGUCCGCAACGACCGCCUCGAGGAAGCGCGCCGGUCCAUCGAGAGACUCAGCGGAGACAAGACCCAGGACCAGAUCAACGCGCAGCUGGCGAUGAUGGUCCACACCACCAAGGUCGAGGCGGGCGUGACCCAGGGCGUCUCGUACAAGGACUGCUUCAAGGGCGUCGACCUGCGCCGCACGGAGAUCUGCUGUGUCGCGUUCGCCGGGCAGGUCAUGUCCGGUAGCAGCUUCGCGUAUACACCGACCUACUUCUUCACGACCGCCGGCAUGGAUACUGCCAAUGCUUUCGAGUUGAGUCUCGGAGCUAAGGGCAUGGCUUUCAUCGGGACGAUGAUGUCUUGGUGGCUUAUUUCUUAUUGGGGCCGUCGUCAAAUCUACGUCACCGGGAUAGGGGCCUUGACCGUCAUCUUGUUUAUCAUUGGCAUCCUGGAUGUAUCUGCCGGUAAGAAAGGGCUGUGGCCGUCUGGGGGCCUCUGUGUCUUCUGGUUGUUCAUCUACUCACUUACGAUCGGACCGAUUACCUACAGCGUAAUCAGCGAGACAUCUUCGGUCCGCCUUCGUCCUCUGACGGUCGUGCUAUCCCGAAACGCAUAUCAACUAGUCAACAUUGUUUCGCAAGUAUUGCAAACUUACAUGAUGAACCCUACCGAGUGGAAUCUGAGAGGCAAAGCGGGCUUUUUCUGGGCAGCAACUGCCGGAAUCAUCUUCGUGUGGUCGUUUUUCCGCCUGCCCGAGGCCAAGGGCCGCACAUACGAGGAGCUGGACAUUCUAUUCGCCCGCGGCGUGCCGGCUAGACAGUUCUCAAAGGCUCAGGUCGACGCGUAUGCGUCAUCGAGCCAGGCCGAGGAUGUUCACGAGGCUACUCCUCCGAAGGAGGAUAAGUGA